AAGUUGCGUGCGCGCCGCAGUCGGCCACCGCCGGCGACGCGCGAUGUGCAACGCGUCCGCGAACACAACCACACAUUGCACUUACGCGGCCGGUUCCAAAUUUCAAAUUUAUUUUUUUAAAACAUUUUUUUCACAAGUGCCAGUGACAUUGAAUAGGAUUGUCCUGUUAUAGAGAUCACACAAAAGGGGAACGAUAAGCAGACCGUAGAGAUUACCAAGACCGCCAAAUCGGACCACAUGACUCGUUAACCGUUAAACAAAAAAAAUCAAGAUGGUGGACACACAGCAUUUUUGCCUCCGGUGGAACAACUACCAAAGCAGCAUCACCAGCGCUUUCGAGAACCUUCGAGAUGACGAAGACUUCGUGGACGUCACUCUUGCCUGCGACGGGAAGAGUCUGAAGGCCCACAGAGUGGUUCUUUCGGCCUGCAGCCCGUAUUUCAGAGAACUCUUGAAGUCGACGCCAUGCAAGCACCCCGUGAUCGUGCUGCAAGACGUGGCGUUCACGGACCUCCACGCCCUGGUGGAGUUCAUCUACCACGGCGAGGUCAACGUGCACCAGCGGUCGCUGUCCUCCUUCCUCAAGACCGCCGAGGUGCUGCGCGUGUCAGGACUCACGCAGAACGAGGAUGUGCAGGUGCCGCUGCUGCAAACGGUGCGCGCCACCACCACCGCUCCGUCGCCGCACACGCCGCCGCACCCCGCGCACACCCCGCACCCUGCCCACACGCCCAGCUACUCCGAGAAGCUGGAGGAGGCGCUGACCAUCCCGCCCAGCCACGGCAUGCGCCGCAUCCCGCUGCCGCCACGCCGUAUGAGCCGCUCCGCCGACAACUCGCCUGACGUCAUCAAGCGCCCGCGCCACGACAACAACAAUGACCAGCCCCAAAUCCACGACUUCUCCACAAAGAACCACUCCCUGGUGAACAACACUCGCGCCCACGAGUCCGGCAACAAUGGGAACGGAAUCUCCAACAGCAGCUCGUCGCCGUCGCCGCGGCUGAUGGACGAGGUCAAGAACGAGCCCCUGGACAUGAUCUGCGUGCCCAACGCCGACAUCGAUAGGAGCACGGACGACACGCCGCCGCACCACCAUCGGACGCUGGGAGGCCCGCCAUCCCGCGGCAGCUCAGCCGAAGCCGACGACCGCACGCCUCCACCACAGAUGCCACCUUCGCCAUUCGUCCCGCCAUCGGACACGAAAUUCCCGCCUUACCAUUUCAGCAUGGCGCCACUCUCUGAUACAUCUCUCUCUGGGUUGGUGAAUCCUCUGGUGUCAGACAGCAUGGCAAGCACGUCUCAAGCCGUGGCGCCGCUCCGUAUGCCGCCGCCUACCGCGGGCGGCAUCAACGAGCCCCAGGAGUGUCCGUACUGCCGCCGGACCUUCUCUUGUUACUAUUCCCUGAAGCGACACUUCCAAGACAAGCACGAGCAGUCGGACACGCUGUACGUGUGCGAGUUCUGCCACCGGCGGUACCGGACCAAGAACUCGCUGACGACGCACAAGAGCCUGCAGCACCGCGGCUCCAGCGGCAUGCUGAAGCGGCUGCUGAAGACGUCGGCGCUGCACAGCGCGCUGGCGCCGGCGCCGCACCACCUGUUCGACCUGGCCGGCGCCGAGCAGCUGCCGCCGGGCCUGCAAUGACCUCAGACCAUGGCCUGAAUCUCUCCCGCCCGCCGCGCCGGGCGCCCCGCCAGGGAACCGUACCAUGUGCAAUAACGACGGACAAUGCCAAAACAAUGCACGCCGCAUUCAUGGGUUAUUAAUCGUAUUAUAAUUAGUUAAUUGACGUUAGGUUAACUCCAUACAGUAUUCGUGGCGCAGUAGCUCGCCUAGUGGACGCUUGGACUUCGCUUGUGACUGCGAGUGUACCCGCCGCACUCCCGGAGUGCGCGACCGUGUUCAAAUGACAAUGUAAUCCAGAGCAAUACUAAAGUAUUAAUAUAUCUAGUACUGCCAAAAUAAUGCCAACUGUAUUUUAAAGAGGUAAAGAUACAUUUUUUAAAAUCACUUUUCGAUAAAUAUCUAGUGUCAAAUUAGAUUCGGUAACUGUACAAAAAAGAACGUACAAAUUUUAAACAGUAAAUUUUAAAAUGGAAAGAAAAUAUUUUUUAAAGAGACUUUUUUCGGAACGCCAAAUCUAAAUUUAAAAUACAGAUUAUUUAGGGGUUAAUAACAAAAAAAUAUAGAUUAAAAAUGUUGAUGUUGUGUAAAAUUAAAGACUUCUUAGAAUCUGAUUUCGAAAGUACAAAAUUUAACGUCUAAUUGAACAAUGUUAAUCUAUUCUAUGUGCGUUUGGCUUCAAUAAUAAUUAUGAGUAACGUCAUCAAUGUGUAAGUAGCCGUGCCUUCGUUCGUCUUCAUGCCAUUAAUGUUGGUGUAGAUGUAGCUGACCAGAAUCGUGUGCGCAGUGAGCGAUGGCGAACGUAAAGCUCGCGAGCAGCUCCGCCGAGCUCGCGAACGCGCGGUGCGCUCUCAGUUGCAUCUCUGCUCAAAAGCGAGCGUAAUUAUGUAUAGCUGUAAUCGACUUGAAUGUACGAGUAGUUAGGAUGAGGAUAAGGUUAAGUCAUCAUUUUUAUAUUAGAAGUUUCCUUUAAGUAUUUGGGCGUGCUGAGAGCGCGCCGCGGCGCAGCGGAGCGGGGCGGCGCGGGAACAGACGGCGAACUUGGAACGAGAAUGUGAAGGGCAUCAGACCCUAGAGGAUCCUUCAAUACAGGGUUAGUGUGAAUUACGAGGAUAUGGGCGCCGGGUCGCGAGUCGUGGGUCUUCGAGUAGUUCGGCGAUCGUAUACGGAUAUGCAUGAUUUCAAAUCAUGAAGUAAAAAUUAAUCAUUUCUUCUGUAUAAAUUAACGUAGACAUUAGGGAUUAAUUGAUAGAUUUAUAUUUAAACUGUAUCCAUUUUCGGAUUUCUCUCUAUGAGUGUAUAGUGGUUCUUUUAAUGUCGACCAACGUAGCGGACAUCUCGUUAUUGAAAAUUUAUUAGAUUAUUAUUAUUAUACUCUCAAAAAUCUUAGGAUUAACCAUAAGAUGGCUGCAGAUUUGUAAAAAAUAUUUUAUUUACUUAUAUUUAGGAAAUUGCUUGGGUACCGUAUUCGUUUACAAUCUACAUAUCCGGUCAGGGUUCUCGACAACUAUAUCAACUCAAAGGAACAGUCAUAUCCAACAUAUCACAAAUAUCUAUACAUAACGAAGAAAAGUAUUUUAAUGCCGUGAUAUUUCGCAAAGCCAAAGAAAAAAUUGACGGGGAUAGUCGCAUUUAUUUCCGAUAGAACUUAAAAAAAGUAAAAAAUCUUAAAAAAUCUUCUGACAAAGUUGAAUUGUUUGAAAUUGAAAAUACAAUUAGUGCCAUAUCGUCCGGGAUAGCACCUCUCUAUCGACAUAUCAAAUCACUGAAAGUGACCGUUUUUAAAACACACAAUGCACUCUUUCAAACAGAUCAAUGCAAUUUAAUACAUAAUUUAAUUUUCGUACUAUUCGCAAUGUCAGACGAAGAACAUAUUUUUGCAUUUAUAUUUCCAAUGUAUAAGUAAAAGCUAAGUAUCUAAUUUAAGUUUUCGUAUUUUAUUUUUCAUUUUCGGAAUGUUACAUAUUCUUACUUUGUGAUAUGAUUUACAUUAACGUUAUUCGGUAUGUAUUCAGUUAGUUUUAACGAUAGGUUAACGUAACCUCAGCUUCGUUCGGUUAAGGUAACAUUUGGUAUGGACGCCGGUCAACAUAACGCAAUACCUCCGUAUUUUCGUAGUACCUCAAAUAUAUUAUUUUGUUUUUAAUUUUUAUCUGAAUGUUGCACUUACUGGAUACAAAAUAAGUUCGUUUGGUAGUGACGCAACAAGUACGACACAACGGCAACACAGCUGGAGCUUAGGAAAGAAAAGCAAGCGGGUAGAAUGAAUUGUAAAUAAUUUAUAAGUUAGUAUCUACAUACAUGGCGUCAUUUUGGGAAUAGACCUCGUGAUAUUAUAUAGUAAAUAGAUAAAAUCAUUAAUGGAAAAGGAUUUUUAUAUAUUCUACUAAUGGAUUUAUUAUUAGUGAAACUUAGAUGUAGUGGACGAAACUUUUGUAAUGUUUGUGUUUAUUGUUUCCGCUGUGUCUCGGGUCGGCUGUUAUUGUUAGGGCUUUUUGGAGCUUUUUUGGAAUUCCCACCAAUUUUGUUUGUUGAUUUUUGGAGUGAUUCGAAAUUGUUUGAUCUCAGUGGACAGCUGCGAACUAUAUCAAAAUUUCGGGGACAGUUUGUUAUCGUGAUUAUUGAUAAAAUUAAUUUACGUAAAAUUAGACUUGUGUUGUUUUCGUGUCGGCAAAAAGGAGGUCGCAGCUAGGAAAUUCAAAACAGCAAAUUGCAACGUUAACAGCGAAACAAUAAUAUUUUAUAUUUUGCAAUGUAUACCAAAAUACUGCAUUUUUAAAUAGUAAGAAAGUGAGAAACAGUUUAUUUGUUUAAUAUAAUAAUCCGGGUUUGAUAAUAUUUUCGCUUCUUUGCCAGUUAGUUUAAUUAAGUUUAAUGAAGAAAUAUUUAAUAAACCGACUGUGUUACUAAAGUAGGGUAAUGCACAAAUAUUGAUCAACAACGGUAUGCCUUCUAACAGUACAACUAUCUCAAUAGCCUACUAGUUUAAUAAAUAAGAAUUAUAUACUUCAGAGUGGCAUCGCAAGGUACUUUACACUAAAAAACAACGCAUCGGCAUUAGUAACUACGUAAACGCAUUGAAUAAAAAUUAAAUAAUUAAAAAAUAACUAACCACACGACUUUUAAACUUUCGUAAUAAAAUUAAAUAAUUAAUCAUAAAUAAACAAAUUAAAUAAACGUAACUACUUACUAAGCUUUAGUAAUAUAUUUUUAGUUUAUACAAAAUGUAUAACUGUGCCGUAAAUGUCAUUCUGAGGUCGUCACAAUUUAUAUUCGAAUUCAUUUGCGAAAACAUAUUUUUUUCGAACGCAUUUUAAAACUAAAAAAUAAUAGAAACAUUGCAAAACCAAACAAAUAAAUAUCGAAUGAAACUAACAAACCCCACGUAUGACGUGUUAAUAUAUUUUUAUCUUCAACAGUUACAAUGUAGGUAUUCAAUUCACAUGUUCACAAAUCCUUCACAAAUGAGUCUGUUUUAAGAAAUGCUUUUAUAUCAUAAGUAUUACCUCCAGUAAUAUUAAGUAUUACCUCCAACUAUAUCACUUAAUUUUUAAUAUUUUUAAUGUGGCGAUAGUCGCCGACGACCGCUCGGGCGAUGGCGGGCGACGUGUUAACUGGCUCGCCAUUUGCCUGCCGUAUCACCGUUAAAACAAAAUGAUAAAUAUAAGUAACGGAAACAAAAAUCAUCCUUAGUUACUUACGACAAUACACAUUGAUGGUAAACGGUUAUUUUCUACUUAUAUUUACCAGGUUGUUCAUCCUCGCCGUAGCCGGAAAAAUAACGCACUUAUUUUUCCGGUCCGGCGGUUCGUAUAACAAUAAUUAUUGUAAAUGUCAAUCUAAGAUAUAACAGUUGUUACAUAGUUUUUCCCAUACACAUACAUACAUUAUUUUUGUUGAUCCAUUACCAUGUUUAAAAUGCAAUAGUUAUCUGUCCGCGCGGCCAUCUUGGCGCCCUACGAGGUUAGUAUUGCGUAGUCCGCGCCAAGUCCGGACGCGCGGACAACCAGUACUUUCAAUAGUUAUUUAUUUAAAAUAAUUUAAAUCGCUCGGCCGGAGAAGUGACUUUUUUGAGGAUAAAUCGACAUCAUUUCAUUAGUAUCAGGCUUUAACUACUCACGUGUAAUAUACUGUAUAUAUUGAAAUAGGAAAGUAUUUUUAUUAUAUUUAAUAAUUUAUUCAUUCUCAGUUCAGAUAUAUCUUUUAUAUUUAUCUAUUAAUUGUUAUAUUUCAUCUGUUGUCAUUUUGAGCACUUGAUUUGACGGCGUUGUUAUGGGUGAGUCGAUUUAACCUCGAGUUCCAUAGCUUUAAUAUUUAUACCAGUAUCUUCCACUUGUAAUAUACAUAACUAAGUAUAAUACAUAAAUAGCAAUAGAUUCCAAUCUGCCAUAGUACCUCAGUAAACUAUAGUUAAUCUAUAAGCGAUCCUAGCAGGUCGCUCAUCCGUCUAUAACUAUAAUAAAGGUUUUAGUUAAUCGUAGUUAGGUGUCCCGCGAUCUGCUGGGCCUACAGACACUAGAUUCAUAAAGUAUAGUUCCGUAACUCAAAGUGCACUUACAUCUUUUAUAUAAAGUAUAAGUAUUAUAUAAUCUAAGUAUUGCAUCGCUUCUCCGCGCCGAGCGACUCUCGUUGAUCACACUUUACAGUACCUAUAUAAAUAUUUACAAUAUACACGCUUAUGACAUACAAUAUACUGACAGUUAUAUGCUAGAAAUAACUUUUUAUCUACAGUUUAAGUGAAGUUGCGGGCUUGUUCCGCUGAAAGCUGCCGCCAUGUUGGCUUGUAUAAGUGCCGAGCGCGCGAACCUUCAGCGGAGCGAGCCCUUUUGCUGUUAUACUUGGGUGACACAUUUUAUACACAGAAAUAUUUUUUUAUGAGAAAAUAAUCAAUUUAUAUGUGAGAGUUAAUUAAGUGGCAAUUCUAAUUUACUGCACUAUAUUUUUGCUGACACUUAGGAUAAGAUUUUCUUUUUUCGUAAUUUAAUGUAUGCACGAUCUGCGUUUUUAUUAGUAUCGAUUUUCCUUCUUUAAGCUGCCGCAGCGGGUGCGCCCGCGCAGCGCCGUUGCCGCGCGGGCCGCCUGCCCUUUAUGAACUAAUAUUGUGUUACUAUUGUGUAAAAGUUAUAGUUUGCCAUCGUUGAUCAAAGAAGAAAAUAUGUGUUAAAUACAUUUAGUUAAUGAGUUUGUUAUACUUUUAAUGUUCGGGUUGGGUCCGAGGGAAGUGUACAAAAAUGUUUCAUAGUAUUGUGUAUUGAUCGAGUAAGGAUUUAUAGGUGUGAUGGGCUACGGCCCAGACAGUUAGGCUUCUCUUGAAAAUUGUUGUAAGUUAAACAUCUAAAUCAGUCGGUGAGGACACUUAAAGUACUAUUGUUGUAGAGUGUAUGGUCGAGGAGGAUCGGGCGCCUGUGUCCAUUGGGGUCGCGGGCGCUGCCGCCUAGGGCGCGUCGCAGGGCGUAAAGGACGUUACAUUGCCGUAGUGAAUGACGUUACGUUACUGACGUAAACAACGUUAAAUUACUGACGAGAUGACGCUACAUUACGGACGUAAACAACGAUACAUUGCCUAUGGGAAUGACGUUACAUUACUGACGUAAACAACGUUACAUUACUGACGAGAUGACGCUACAUUACGGACGUAAGACUUUACGCUACUGACCUAAGGGACGUGACGUAUUAUCGCCGAAAUAUAGCUCAAAAGAAACUCAUGUGUCAAUGUGUGUAGGAUAUUAAUUGUUUGUAUUAGUUCGGCGCCCGCCGCCGCAGUGGCACAGGCGAGGUGUCUUUACUUGUUUUGAUGUUGUUAAUAUAAAUGUGAUUAAGGAAUCAGCUCGGGGGUCGUUAAGGACAUAUCAAUAGUUGGCGAACUUAGUACUAUAAGUAUCUGAAACUGACGUUCGGACUAAAUCUUGGUUAGUUUGGGUUUCGUUAGAAAUCUAAAUCAGAAUUCUCAUGCGAAGUAUAACAGUUGGAUGUAAUAAAAGUAUAAAAAUAAACUCGCAGUGAUUCCAUUGAU